CACAGGCACGUACAGACACGCAUACACACAGACACAUGUACAUACAUACACAGACACAUGUACACACAGACCCAUGUACAUGCACACAGACACAUGUGCACACACACACAUAUAUGUUAAUACACACACACACACACACACACACACACACACACACAGCCCUAUAAAAAAUUGCAGUACUUCGUUGUUCACUCACAGAGUCGGGUACUGCACUCUAGGGGGAAGCAGAGAGCACAGCACACACUCCUUCCUUUGCUUUCACUGUGCUCAGCUAUUGAGCAGUCUGACGGCUCCUAGUGCCAAUGACAGAUCCGGCCUGAGCUCCGAGCCUGCU